ACUUGUCAGAACAAGCAGAGGCACAAAGUCAGCAAUACAGAGGAGAGCUGGGGGAGAGACAGACAGAUUCAGAGAGGGAGCCCAGGUGUGAUGAGCGAGGGCAACAGAGAAAUACAGCGGUUUUGAAGAGUUUGAAUUUCAGAAGGAAACAGAAGAAAGAGAAGCGAGAGAGAGAAGCAAGAGAGAGAAGAGAGAGAGAGACACACUGAGGGGUGUGUCAUAGCAAUUUAGUUCCUCAAGGAAGUACAACUCAACAUUAUCUUAAGACAGGGUGGCAGCACUGACAGAAGCGCUGCAGGAGGGCUGUUUAGGUUCUUGGUUCUGAUUAUGGUGAAGAUGAAGGGAUCUCAUUAGAUCACCUGGCCUGUGCUGUCAACUUGAGACAGAGCAGUGGAGAGAGAGAUAUCUGACACAGACCAGGAGGGAGGGGGACUCAGCACAGACACACACAGCCUCCAUAACAACAAACGGUUGGCCCUUGAACAUGGCACUUCCAACUACUCCACUGAAGCUGCUCGUUGUCUGGCAGUAAAAGACUGAAGUUGUGCCGAGUUCCAACCAGGCAACCAUGGACGCCUUCAGCUCAAAGGACAUGGCCUUGAGGGCGCAGAAGAAGAUCCUCAGCAGCAUGGCCACCAAAAGCUCUGUCCAAAUGUUCAUUGACGACACCACCAGUGAGAUCCUAGACGAACUGUACCGUGUCUCCAAAGAGUACUCGGGUAAUAAAAGUGAGGCCCAGAAGGUGAUCAAAGACCUGAUCAAGAUUGCUGUGAAGAUUGGCUUGCUGUUCAGGAACAACCGUUUUAGCACCGAAGAGCUGGGAGUGGCCCAAGAUUUUAAGAAGAAGCUGCACCAGGGGGCCAUGACGGCUAUCAGCUUCUACGAGGUGGAUUUUACCUUUGACAAGGCAGUGAUGGAGGACCUCCUGACCAGCUGCAGAGACCUGCUGCUGAAGCUGGUCAACACCCACCUCACCCCUAAAUCCCACGGUCGCAUCAACCACGUCUUCAACCAUUUUUCCGACCCAGACCUCCUGACCAAACUGUACGAGCCCAACGGCCCCUUCCGACCCAACCUCACCAAGAUCUGUAAAGGACUCAACAAACUGGUGGAGGACGGGACAAUAUGACAUAGAAACAAUAAAAUGUCAGUCAGACACUGGGAGAUCUACAGGGAGACUCACUUAAGAACUGUUGGACAAAAUUGGUCUUUCUGCUGCUGAGGACUGGCAACGUAAGACAAGUGAUUUGAGAACAAAACUGCUGCCACAUCGUUCUCAAAGAACAUGUGGAAUAAAAAUAAAGUUGGUUGAGUCAUUCCUCAAGUUUUUAAUGUUUAGAGGUUACUGUACUGUGAUAUGUAAUCACAGAAACCAAACUUGAAUAUAAACUGGUUUAUACUAUAUCGGCGGUUUUGUUAGAUUAUGACCAUCCAAUGUUUAAUAUUUGAGACCUUGAAAUGUUUCAUUCAGAACUACUGAUGUUAUGUAUUCUGGAGAGGAGUAAAAAACAGCUGGACAGAUUGCAAAAAGAUAACAGACAGGGAACAAUGCCACUGUAAUACAGCACUGCCACCUGGUGGUCAAGAUGAUGCUUCAGCAACUCUGUGUACUGUAUUUACUGAGGCGUCCGGAAGACAAUGCAGCCAAUAACACAGCAAAUAACCCAACAGCGGACAUUUACUUAAACCAAUACUUUGUACUCUCAGUUUCAAAACAUGUUUAGAAGCAUAAAGAAAAAGACUGACUCUUAAA